ACAGUACUCUGAAGACGAGGAGGCUAUUAUGAGGACAGUGGAAAUCUCUCAGAGGGAUCACUGUUGUCAGCGAGAGUGGAAAGAUACAUGGGACAGUCCUACGGCCUACGCCCUUCUAUUGGCCUCUUUAGUGUGUCCUUAUCUCCGCGUCGUCUCCCCCCUCCAAGCUGUUGCCAUUGAUUUCCUUCCUGAAUGGUCUCAGUUCACCGACUUCCCUGUUUGGCUACUCUUCACCUGAGGGAGGAACUUUGUUUUAGCUGGCUGGCUUCGCUUCUCGGAUAAGCUGAGUGGAAUAAUCUUCUCUUAUUUCAUUAUGAUUUCAUGUUAAUCGAGUAUAAGAACUGUGUUGCCAUUCUUUCCAUUUCUCUACCCGAAGGAAGCGCUUUUCUAAUUAAUUGUAUUAUUAUUAAUGUUAAGGAGUUUGAUUUUUAUGUAUCAUUACAUCCAACCUAAUGUGUGAAGUAGUAAUCUAAUUAAGCCUCAUAUAUAUUUAUAUUUUUUAUUUAUAAAAAUAUAUAUAAUAAUACACAGUGGCCUCUUAUGUAAAUAUGGUAGACUAAAAGGGCAGUAUUGUACAUAAACACUGCUCUUCCCGUAGAUCGAAGAACCUUUUUGACCACCUACGGAAUCUCUUUCUUCCGUCUCUCUCACUCACUCUUUCCUUUAUAAAUCGUUCUUCUCUCAAACCCUGUUUUCGCCUCUCGCGAUCGAGUCGGGAGGACUGGGGAGAAAAGAACUAAGAAGCUUGCGGCUUGAUCGAUUCGGGCUGCUUUUGGCGGCCCGGAUCUCGUCGUCCUCUGAUCGUACGGCGGGGGCGGGCUUGUCGGCCACUGCCUACGUGAGUGUCCGUCAAGAAACGGGAAAUAAAGGAACCGCCUUUCUCGUGUUUCUCUUCCAGUUUUCCUGUGACGCUUUCAGUCCAUUGCCUUGUUUUCGUUCUCCGCAUUCCGGUUACAUUACCGGAGAAAAAGAAAGAAACGCUGAAGGAAGAGUACAAUCUUCUCUGUGUAAGGUACUCUGCGUUCUUGAUUGGAAUCUCUUGGUUAAGCCUUCUAUUUUUGGGGUAGUUCUACCCAUUUCUCGGUGUUUUGCCUCCAUAAUUUGGAAAAUAUCGUUCUGUUCGAAAAUGAAAAGGGGAGCAGCUUGGCUGAUGCUUAUGGAGGCCAAUGGCCUAGUAAAGAUAACAAGAAGGAACCACAUGGCUCAAGGAGAUAUUGAUGCGAAAUCUAAAAGUGAUUUUGGCGAGCUUGAUCCAUGGACAGCUUGGGCAUACAAGCCACGCACAAUAUCUUUACUCCUCAUCGGGACAUGUAUAUUAGUUUGGGCAAGUGGAGCACUUGAUCCUGAAAGCACAGCAUCAAAAGACAUUGUUUCAUCAGUAAAGAGGGGUGUUUGGGCAAUGAUUGCAGUGUUCCUAGCCUAUUCUUUGCUGCAAGCACCUUCAACGGUCCUUAUAAGGCCGCAUCCUGCCAUUUGGCGCUUGGUUCAUGGAAUGGCUGUGGUGUACCUUGUUGCCCUCACUUUUUUGCUUUUCCAGAAUCGUGAUGAUGCUCGGCAGUUUAUGAAAUAUCUCCACCCUGAUCUAGGAGUUGAAUUCUGUUUAUAUUGUACAGAACUACCUGAAAGGUCAUAUGGAGCUGAUUGUCGUAUUUAUGUCCCUGAUAAUCCAAAAAGCAGGUUUAUCAAUGUUUAUGAGACAUUAUUUGAUGAGUUUGUUCUUGCUCAUAUUUUUGGAUGGUGGGGGAAGGCGAUAAUGAUACGUAACCAGCCCCUUUUGUGGGUGUUGUCAGUUGGCUUUGAAUUAAUGGAGCUUACUUUUCGUCAUAUGUUGCCGAAUUUCAACGAGUGUUGGUGGGACAGUAUUAUUUUGGACAUCUUAAUCUGCAAUUGGUUUGGUAUUUGUGCAGGAAUGCGUACUGUUAGGUACUUUGAUGGGAAAACCUAUGAAUGGGUUGGCAUAAGUCGGCAGCCAAAUAUCAUUGGUAAAGUCAAAAGAACAUUGGGGCAAUUUACACCCGCACGAUGGGACAAAGAUGAAUGGCAUCCUUUGCUUGGACCAUGGAGGUUCAUUCAAGUGCUGUGCCUCUGUGUUGUUUUUAUGACCGUGGAGCUCAAUACCUUCUUUCUCAAGUUUUGUCUUUGGAUUCCACCUAGAAACCCCUUGAUUGUUUAUAGAUUGGUUCUGUGGUGGUUAAUUGCUAUACCAACUAUCCGUGAGUACAAUACCUACUUGCAAGACAGAAAGCCUGUGAAGAAGGUUGGAGCAUUCUGUUGGAUUUCACUAGCGAUUUGCAUAGUGGAGCUUCUGAUGUGUGUCAAAUUUGGACAUGGUCUCUUUCCCCAUCCAAUGCCCCCGUGGUUGAUUACAUUCUGGACGACUGUGGGUAUGGCCCUCGCUGUCUUCCUACUUGUUUGGUCAUCGCAUAUUCAUCGAGUAGUGAUGAAAAAAAGGUUAUGAUCGCCUUUCAGAUUUUUCUUCUACCAUUUAUUGUGCCAUGUAAAUAUGCCUCACAUUUGUAAAUGGCGUAAUUGAUGCCUAGACUGGAAACCAGUCUGGCAGGUAGAGGAAAUUCCUUUAUGUUCUCUUUUUUUUUUUUGUGGCAAUUAUGUUUUUGGUUUCAAUUCCUCCUGUACUGUUAGUAGCUGUUUUUCUCGAUGACUUUGACUCUUAUUUAUUCAAUUAAACUGUGAGAUAAGUUCAUAUUUGAAAAAUGAAAUCGGGGUUCUCACUUGCGA